GCGGGCAAGCGGGCGGGCGCCGGGAGCGGGAGGAGGAGCGGCCGCCGCCGCCACCGCCGCCGCCGCCAUAGAGACUGUAGCCGUGGAGACUGUUACUUACCAACGGGGACCAACACGCAGCAGCAGCCGCCGCCGCCGCGGGAGCCGUUGCCCGAACUCCCGGCCCGAACUCCAGAACUGAGCAUGCAGAAUUCAGAGGGCGGAUCGGAAUCGCCGGCUUCCGUGGCUCUGUGUCCGUCGGCGGCAGCCCAGGCGCCCGUGGCCCAGCCUGUGCCAGCCUCCCCGCAGAGGGUGUUGGUCCAGGCAGCGGGCUCGGCUCCCAAAGGGGCCCAGAUGCAGCCAAUCUCCCUCCCCAGAGUCCAGCAGGUGCCACAGCAGAUCCAGCCCGUGCAGCACGUGUACCCUCCCCAGGUGCAGUACGUGGAAGGGGGGGACGCCAUCUACACCAACGGAGCCUUGCGGACGGCCUACACCUACAACCCCGAACCCCAGAUGUACGCCCCCAGCAGCGCCGCGUCAUACUUUGAGGCCCCUGGCGGCGCCCAGGUGACCGUGGCAGGCUCCUCCCCGCCGGCCAUCCCCGCCCACAGCAUGGUCGGCAUCACCAUGGAAGUCGGGGGGAGCCCCAUUGUCUCCAGCGCGGGAGCCUACCUCAUCCACGGAGGCAUGGACAGCACCAGGCACUCCCUGGCCCACACGUCCCGCUCAUCACCGGCCACGCUUGAAAUGGCGAUUGAAAACCUCCAAAAAAGCGAAGGGAUCACAUCACACAAAAGCGGUUUACUCAACAGCCAUCUCCAGUGGCUCUUGGAUAAUUACGAAACUGCGGAAGGCGUGAGUCUCCCCAGAAGUUCUCUCUACAACCACUACCUUCGGCACUGCCAGGAGCACAAGCUGGACCCUGUGAAUGCCGCCUCCUUUGGGAAGCUGAUCCGCUCCGUGUUUAUGGGCCUGAGGACGCGGCGGCUGGGCACCAGGGGCAACUCCAAGUAUCAUUACUAUGGGAUCCGGCUGAAGCCAGACUCGCCCCUGAACCGGCUGCAGGAAGACACACAGUACAUGGCCAUGCGGCAGCAGCCGGUGCAUCAGAAACCCAGGUACCGGCCAGCCCAGAAGACGGACAGCCUGGGGGACAGUGGCUCACAUGGCAGCCUGCACAGCACACCUGAGCAAGCCAUGGCCGCCCAGAGCCAGCACCACCAGCAGUACAUUGAUGUGUCCCAUGUCUUCCCUGAGUUCCCGGCGCCCGACCUGGGCAGUGUCCUGCUGCAGGAGAGCAUCACACUGCACGACGUCAAGGCCCUGCAGCUGGCCUACCGGCGGCACUGCGAGGCAACUUUAGACGUGGUGAUGAACCUCCAGUUUCACUACAUUGAGAAGCUGUGGCUUUCCUUCUGGAAUUCUAAAGCCUCCUCAGGCGACGGCCCUGCCUCUUUACCGGCCAGUGACGAGGAGCCGGAAGGUGCCAUCCUCCCAAAGGACAAGCUGGUGUCCCUGUGCAAAUGUGACCCCGUCCUCAGGUGGAUGAGGACCUGCGACCACAUCUUGUACCAGGCACUGGUGGAAAUCCUCAUCCCGGACGUGCUGCGGCCGGUGCCCAGUACCCUGACACAGGCCAUCCGGAAUUUUGCCAAGAGCUUGGAAGGCUGGUUGACAAAUGCCAUGAGCGACUUUCCACAGCAGGUUAUCCAGACCAAGGUCGGCGUGGUCAGUGCCUUUGCCCAGACUCUGCGGAGGUACACGUCCCUCAACCACCUGGCGCAGGCGGCUCGGGCGGUGCUCCAGAACACCUCCCAGAUCAACCAGAUGCUCAGCGACCUCAACCGCGUGGACUUUGCCAACGUGCAGGAGCAGGCCUCGUGGGUGUGCCAGUGCGAGGAGGGCGUGGUGCAGCGGCUGGAGCAGGACUUCAAGCUGACCCUGCAGCAGCAGAGCUCACUGGACCAGUGGGCCAGCUGGCUGGACAACGUGGUCACCCAGGUCCUGAAGCAGCAUGCCGGCAGCCCCAGCUUCCCCAAGGCUGCCCGGCAGUUCCUGCUGAAGUGGUCUUUUUACAGCUCCAUGGUGAUCCGUGACCUCACGCUGCGCAGCGCUGCCAGCUUUGGCUCCUUCCACCUCAUCCGCCUGCUGUAUGACGAGUACAUGUUCUACCUGGUCGAGCACCGUGUUGCAGAGGCCACUGGAGAAACGCCGAUCGCAGUGAUGGGAGAGUUCAACGAUCUGGCCUCCCUGUCGCUGACACUGCUCGACAAAGAUGACAUCAGCGAGGACCGUGGAGGCAGUGAGGCCCACUCGGAGGCCCGAGGCCGGGGUGAGCCGCUGGUGAAGCGGGAGCGCAGUGACCCCAACCACCCCCUGCAGGGCGUCUAGUUCGGGGGCACCUCUUGGCUGCGGCCCCGCCCGAGCUCCACCGCAACAGUGCCUCUUAGACCAAGUGACCUUUACUCGGACUCCCGGGGCUCCCAGCCAGGGUGCCCUUAAAGGACAUGUGCUUCCUCAAGAAGAAAAAAGUUGUGACCACCGCGGGAGCUAUCAGCACCCGGGUGUCACCUUCUUCUGAAAGUCCUUUCCCCGCUCUGCACACCUCCUGCCUGAGAGCUGGAAGGGGCCGUGCUGGGCCAGUCGGUACCUCCACACUGGGCAUCUCCACCCAGCGGGCUGCAAUUUGCACCACGCGGGUGCCCUGCCACCGUCGGGCAGUGCUGAGCUGGCCAGCGUCCCCAAGACCCCCUUGUGCCCCGCAGUGGGGAGGGACCUGCCCUGCUGACCCCUAGGAGCCCGGUCUCCAGGCGCAAAAGGGCUCCAGAAGCAGCCGCCCUGUCGUCUCGUCCCUGGAUGGCAUGCGUGGCGCAUGGUCCCAUGUGACUCAAAGAACAAGUCACAGAAACAGGCCCACUUGUGCCAAGACAUGGUGGGGCCUUUAAAAAUCAAGCCCAAAAGCUUUAUCAGCAACUGGAAGGACUGGGACAGUCCAAGUUCACAGCCAGCCUCAAGCUAAACCCUUAGGUCUGCCAUGAGUUUGUUCUAAGGGGGCCAGCGGAUCAGUGUCUCCGCAGUGCCUUCAAUCCCACCAAGCCUGUGCCCCAAGAGCGGUACCGGAGCCCCCCUCCACAGAACCUUCCAGAACACCUGCCUUUGAAGGAGCAAGCCUGGCCCGCUGCGACCCUGGCCAGUCUCAUCUUGAACUGCUCAGAGUUGACACUCUUCUCUGGGGACAAAUGAAGCCCGAGGACCCACCCAGCCCUGACUUGUAAACACCCCGGCUCCGUGCCCCUCGUUCCACAUUGCCCCGUUGAGCCCCGUGCCAGAGCUCUGCCCCCACAAAGACUCAAAGCAGACAGACCUCUGGUCUAGGAAGCAGCAGCUUCUGAAAUGCAAUAGUUUUCUCUUUUUGGAAAAAUGUUCAUACCAAUAGUUUUGUGCUCUAAUUGUUACUAGAACGUUCUUUAUGGAUGUGUAUAUGAAUGCAGUCUCUCUGGUCCCAG